UGGUUAGUUGUGGCGCCUUAGUACCGCUAGACACAAACUCAAACACACAUACAUACACACACACAUACAUACAAACACAUACACGCCGCGCUCUGGCUGACCCGCAUACUGAGAGACAGACACACGCACGCAGUCACACACGCACGCACGCACGCACGCACUCAAACAACCACCAACCAGCACUGCAACCAUUGUACUAUACGCACCUCCACCACCACCGUCACUACCACCUCCUUCAACACCAGCGGGCAGUGUGGUGGUGGUCGUGGUUGCGAGUGUGUGUUGGUGGUGAUGCGGUGACUACUACUACUACUACUACUACUACUACUACUACAAGUGCAAAGAUUGAGUGACAGCAACCUUGUGAAUGGAUGGAUACAAACACCACAACACCACCUCGAAGUUGCAUCUCCACCGGUGUUCCAAGCUCUAGCAGACUGGUGGUGGUUGUGUGGUGGUGGUGGUGGUGGUGGAGGUGGUGGUGCAUGGUCGUGUCUCGAAGCAAACAAACAUCACCGAAGUCGUACAAGAAAGUGCCAUGUAUUGAGGUUGUUAUUUUCUCCGUGGUGACUUAUGGUGGUGGUGGUGGUGGUGGUGAUGGUGAUGGUGAAGGAACAUCACCAGCCAGCGAACGUACGUACACACACACGCAAGUCCACAUGUGUGCGUAUAGCAAGAUUGAAAGUACACACGAACACACACAGGAUGUAGUUUGAGGAGGAUUCCACUUCUUGUUGAAAGCAUGCAGAGCGGGCAGGCUUUACACCAUCAUGAGGAGCCCAUGACGGUGUCGCCGAGCCCCGCCACCCCCGACGCUGCCUCCCCUCCGAUCACCUCCCCGCCAGCCAUCGCCUCCCUCCCCGCUAACUCCCCCUCCCUCACCUCCUCCCCGCCCGUCACCUCCCCGUCUUUAGCCUCAUCCCCGCCCCUAACAUCGCACCUAUCCCCGUCUCUCACCUCUCGUUCUAACCUGCGAGUCACGAGUUCUAAUUACCCUCACGUGGACAAGAACGCGAGUCUCUCCAACAAGCUGAGGUUGCGUCACGUCUUGGCCAAUCCCGCGGCAUCCUCACCGCCUAGGACGUCGCUGAUUGGCCCGGACGACGACGAGGGGCGGAGCGAUAUCAGGGUCCUGUCCCCGUCAUUGGUCAACAGUCAGGUCCUGUCCAAAACACGUCCGCUGUCCCCUGAUCCACCUCUUCCUCUCGACUCCACCUCCCAUUCCUCUAAUUUCCACCUCCCUCCUCCACCUCCUCCUCCUCCUCCCCCGCCGCCGUCUGCUGCGCCUACUGGGAUUUAUAAUGGCAGCAGGUUACCGGAGGAAGAAGCAAUGGUGGUGGGCAGGGGGAAGGGGGACGAAGGAAGAGGAGGAGGAGGAGGAGGGAGGCACCGAGGAGGAGGAGGAGGAGGUGAUGGUGAUUCUCAAGAGGACACGGAGAAGACCACGAAGGGAAGAGGAAGGGGUCGGCGGCGGCAGAGGCUGUACAAGCUCAAGUUCCACCACCAGGCGCUGCCGCCGGAGUACCUGGACCACUACGAGGCGUCCCUGCGGCAGGAGCAGCGCGCGGCGGCGGCGGCGGCGGCAGCGGCGGCGGCCUCCCCCCCUGCCCCGCGACCCCAGCGGGAGGCCCUGGGCCCCGACCCCCCACACGGAGGAGCCGGGGCAGGCUUGCAGGGUGGAGUGCCACGCCAGGGUAGGGGCGGGCGCGGGCGGGGGCGCGGGCGGGGUCAGCGUGCCCCGCGGCCCAUCACCAUCCACGAGGCGGGCGGGGCGGCCACCGAGGCGCUGCUGCGGGAGAUUCUGCUGACCCGGCCACACCUGCACACGGCGGCGCUCACCCAGGCCGCCCUCGCCCGCGCCCAUUCCGUGCCCUCCAUCAUGCUGGCCACGCCGCCCCGGGCACGCCGCGCCCCCAGCCCCGCCCUGCCCGCCCACGACCACCAGCUACCCUACAUGGGCGAGAUGCAGCUGGACGAGCGGCCGCGGCGCGGCAGGAAGCCCAAGAAGGCGGACAUCACACACCUCAUCUCCAAGAACUACGGAGUGGCGGGGCUGCCGGGCUCCGGCGCGCUGCACGAGGCGGCGCUGCAGCAGCUGCACCAACAGCUGCAGCUACACCAGCAGCACCAGCACCAGCAGCAGCAGCACCCGCACUACCCCCACACCUACCAGCCCUCGCAGCAGCCGCCGCCCGAGCGGCCGCGCGGCGGCGAGGCGGAGGGCAAUGAGGCGGCGCCGCAGGAGGGCCUGGCGCGCUCCCACAGCUACUCGUCGCUGCUGCACACGGCCCUGAUGGCGGCGGAGGCGGGGGACCAGAGCGAGCCCCUCAACCUGUGCGUGCGCGACGACCCGGGGCUCAAGUGUGACCCCGAGCACCCGGCGCAGGGCCACCACCACACGCCGCCCGUCAAGCUGGAGCCCGACGAGGACCCCCCCGGCGGGGAGGCCGCGUGGGCGGGGGGCGGGCGGUCGGGCGGCCCCUACUGGCUGCAGGACUACCGCCUCAAGACGGAGGACGGCCUCAGCUCCGGCCAGUCCACGCCCUCGCUCUGCUCCCAGUCCUCCCACCUGCCCUCCCUCUCCCCCCCCGCCUUCCCCCACAUGUCCCCGCCGCCACACUUCCCCCUGAUGGGCUGCCCCCAGUCCCCGCCCUGCCCCUCCCCCCUGCCCGCCUCGCCCGCCCACCACCACCGCAAUGUGCACGCCCUCCUCAAAGAGUCGCUGCAGCAGCGGCUGGACGAGGCAGCGCGGGAGCGGCUGUCCCCCCAGGACAGCGUGGUCAGGGCGCGGGGGGGCGAGGGGCGGGGGUCGCGGGCGGCGGGGGCGGGGCACGGGGCGCGGAGAAAGCGGUCGGCGCUGUUCAUUCCCCCGGCGGACCCCAACACGGAGGUCAGCAUCUGUAAGUUCAAGUUCACGGGCGGCCCCAACCCCGUCCUGGAGGAGAAGAAGAUGGUGAGUGUGGGCGCGGGUGGGCGGCUGCGGUACUGCGGCGCGGGGGGCGGGGCCGGCGGGGGGCGGGACCUGCGGCUGUCCGGCAAGCUAAUCGACAACAUUACCAAGUGUGAGAAGGACGUGAAGAAGAUCCGGCUGGAGAGCGACACGGAGGACACAUGCAGCCUGCCGGGGCUGGGCAGCAACGCGGCCUCCCCCGUGCACACGCUGGAGCGGGGUACACAGGGGCCGCCGCCCCAGGAGGACUCGCCCAAGCGGAAGCGGCGCUCCAAGAAGUCCUCGGUGCGGGAGAAGCUGGAGCAGACGCUGCGGGAGCGCGGCCUGCUCAUCCAGACCCAGCAGGUGGAGUCCGCAGAGGGCGCCACCUACUGCAAGUUCCGGCAGCUGCGGAAGUUCACGCGCUACCUCUUCAGGAGCUGGAAGGACUACCUGCCGGGGCAGCUGCAGGAGGCGGGCGGCGGGCCCAUGGAGGGCUACUCCGACCCCCGACCCCCGCCCUUCCCCCCACACCUGGUGCGGCGGCCGCCCACUCCCGAGCACCGCUGACACUCCCCCCAGGCAGCGGGCGGGGCGCCGUGGCCGCCGCCCACGCGCUCCGCUCCAUAAAGUACAAGAGUUCGCCGCGAGGUGCUCCGGGGCUGCGGGCGCCGGAGGUGUGGGCGGGGCGGGGCGAGGCGGGGCACGCACUCAUGUCGUCUUUCAUAACACAAACUGGAGAAGCCAUUCUAAAACGACUAAUACUCUCUCUUAGGGUUGUCCUAAUCACACUGUCGUCCUCUUAACCGCCCGAAGCUUUAACGACCAUUGGCAUUACAACCUGACGGGACCUGGCGCGCGGCGGCCGUGCAGCUGCUCCUCCUCCUCCUCCUCCUCCUCAACCUCAGCGACUCAACACGUCUUCGUUUUGUACUGGUUCACUUCCCGUCUCGUUGGAGGACUCUCAGUUGUAGUAUUUCUAAUAAUAACGUCUCAGGUACAAAGUGUGUCGGGGCGCGGCGCGGCGCGGGGCGGGGCGGGGCGGGGCGGGGCGGGGUGGGGCGUCCAGGUGACCCUCGACACGGGGGCGCCGCCAAGGGGGAAUAACAGCCCCUAAAUUACUGCCACAAAGUUGUCACAAUAAUUUUAAUAAGGGGUGGAGGGAGAUAGUGAUGGGAGGCGGUGUGUGUGUAUGUGUGUGUGUGUGUGUGUGUGUGUGUAUGUGGGCAGCAUCCCGUCACUAACACUGCCGCUGAAGGGGAGGGGGGAUCAGGAGGGGGCAUGGGGGCGCCAGACAGGCACAACACGGCACCUUCACACACCUGAGGUCACGUGACCCACUGACCCGGCAAGGUGUGCAGCGAAUCACCAUUUUAUACCUGUCUCCUUCAGUGUGUUCAUGUCACGUUCAGAUUCAGAUUCUCGUCAUUUUCCUUGAGUCCCAAUUUUUGAGUCCCGCAUAUUUUCGAUUUUGAGGAGACAGUGAAGGUUGUUUUUUCCCCUUUUUUUCUGUUUUGACGCGUGAUGUUUUAGUUUGCAGGACAUUACUGUAGAGAUUUUUCAUUUGGGUUUUCUGUCCGUCCAUCCGUCCGUCUGUGUGUGAGUCUGUGUGUGUGUGUGUGUGUCUGUGUGCCUUACGAUAUGUGUUGAUCACAUACCCACGCGUAGAAAUUGUGUCCGUCGUAAAGCUGUUAAAGAAGUUAGAUUUUUAUCCCUCGUUGUUUUUAUAUGUGAAUCUGAAGUGAUCUGCAUUAUAGUGAUGAAGAGAAGUGUUUUUUUCACUUAUUUUUGUGUCUGUAUAUAUAUCGAAACACGAGUAUGUUUCCGUUUCACCAAAGGAAUGUUCGAAGGAGAGAAAAACAAAACAAAACAGUAGAAGGCAAACAAACAGAGUGGCAUUCAUUGUAAAAGGAAAACAAAAUAUAAAUACAUGAAAAGCAGUGUUGAGAUGAAGUGCAUUGUGGGUGGAAAGAACCGCGAGAAAGAAACAAGCGAGCAUCGGAUCAGAGAGUUACAAGAGUGUGCAAUAAGAGAUGGAAAACAAGAAAGAGAGAGAGAGAUAAUACGUACCAAUACAGGAGUGAAUGAAAAGAAGAGAAUAAGAAAGAAAAGGAAAAUGUCUUACACGCCAAUACAAGAAAACAAAAAAGAGACCGUGAAAAGUAAGAAGAAAAGUAGGAAAGAGAGGGAAAGUAUCUCGCACGCUGAUACAAAAUAGAGAUAGUGAAAAUUUGAUAGUAGGAAAGAGAAAAGAUUAAGAAAGGAAAGGAAAGGAUCAUACACGCCUACCCAAGAAUGAAAAUAAGUGAGAGGGAAAGAGAAAGAGAGGAAAAGGAAAACUUGGAAAAGAGAGAGCGAAAGAAAACCAAGAGAGUGGAAACAGUGAGAGAGAGAGA